UGGGUUGACCUCCACUCCCGCCACCAAGUGAUCCCCCCCGGGCUGUGCAGGCUCCCGAACCUCUUCCCGCCCGCUGGCCGUCGGGCGAGGGCUCCGCCGCCGCCACGCCUCGCACCCCACGCUACCUGCCCCAUGCUGGUGCACGCUUACUCCCCCAUGGAGCGCCCCGACGGGUUGGGCGCAGCGGCUGGAGGGGCCCGCCUGUCGUCCCUGCCUCAGGCGGCCUACGGGCCGGCGCCCCCGCUCUGCCACACGCCCGCCGCGGCCGCGGCCGCCGACUUCCAGCCGCCCUACUUCCCGCCGCCCUACCCGCAGCCGCCACUGCCCUACGGCCAGGCGCCCGACGCCACCGCCGCCUUUCCUCACCUGGCGGGCGACCCGUACGGCGGCCUGGCGCCCCUGGCGCAGCCGCAGCCUCCGCAGGCCGCCUGGGCCGCGCCCCGCGCCGCCGCCCGCGCCCACAACGAGCCGCCGGGCCUGCUGGCGCCGCCCGCCCGCUCCCUGGGCCUGGACCCGCGCCGCGACUACGCCGCCGCGGUGCCCCGGCUCCUGCACGGCCUGGCCGACGGCGCGCACGGCCUGGCGGACACGCCCCUCGGCCUCCCCGGGCUGGCGGCGCCGCCCGGCCUGGAGGACUUGCAGGCCAGGGAUGAUUCGGGAGUGAGCCUUCUGGACCAGUCUGUGAUCAAGAAAGUCCCCAUCCCCUCCAAAGCCAGCAGCCUCUCGGCCCUCUCACUGGCCAGAGACAGCCUGGUUGGCGGCAUCACGAACCCCAGUGAGGUCUUCUGCUCCGUGCCAGGCCGGCUGUCACUGCUCAGCUCGACAUCCAAGUACAAGGUGACAGUGGGGGAGGUCCAGCGGCGACUCUCACCUCCCGAGUGCCUCAACGCCUCACUCCUGGGUGGUGUCCUUCGCAGGGCCAAGUCCAAGAAUGGAGGCCGCUGCCUGCGGGAACGGCUGGAGAAGAUUGGGCUCAACUUGCCAGCUGGCCGUCGCAAGGCCGCCAACGUGACGUUGCUCACUUCGCUGGUGGAGGGAGAAGCCAUACACCUGGCCCGAGACUUUGGCUAUAUCUGUGAGACCGAGUUCCCAGCCAAGGCAACUGCCGAGUACCUAUGCCGACAGCAUGCUGACCCUGGGGAACUGCACAGCCGCAAGAACAUGCUGCUGGCUGCCAAGCAGAUCUGCAAGGAGUUUGCAGACCUGAUGGCUCAGGACCGUUCGCCACUGGGCAACAGCCGCCCUGCUCUCAUCCUGGAGCCCGGAGUGCAGAGUUGCCUGACACACUUUAGCCUCAUCACCCAUGGCUUCGGUGGGCCAGCCAUCUGUGCUGCCCUCACUGCCUUCCAGAACUACUUGCUGGAGUCACUCAAGGGGCUGGACAAGAUGUUUCUAAGCAAUGCGGGCAGUGGGCAUGGUGACACUAAAGCUUCAGAGAAGGAUGCCAAGCAUCGGAAAUAACCGAUUCCCAGGCCCCAUCCCUAAGGGACUCCCAAGGCCUGAAAUGAGGUCUUAGCUCCUGGGGGUGGGCCUGAAAGGAUUAAAAGGUGGGGUUGGAGUAAGGCCCAAAAGAGAACAUUCAUCCAGGGACCCCCGAGUUAGAGGCCUGGACUGGAAAAGGUGGGGAUGGCCCCUCUGUGGUGGUUUGAUAAGGGCCCUGUUGUUUGCAAUUUUCUGACCCUGGAUUGCUAAGUGCUUGAACAGGAAAUUGGCAUGGUUCUUGGGGCUGAGCCCUCCCCAUGAGGGUGCUUGGGCAGUGGUGGGUACUCUUAAGUCCAAGGCCUUGCUGUUUUUACUGAUGGCAGGAGGGAAACUGUUGGCAAACCAGAGGUGCUACUGAGGAGUUGGCACCCUUCAUCCCAGAAUCUUGACCCUCAAAAAAGGGGUGCUGGCAGGAAAACUCCAAUGGGUUCUUUGGACCCCUCCCACUCUUGGAAAGAAGUGGGCAGGAACAAAGAAGACAAAGCACAAAUUGUAGAACUUGAAUCCAGGCUGCACUUCACAGCCCCGUCAUUGUCUGCCCUAUUUAUUUGUGUGUUCUAAUUAAAUUUGAAAGUUUUAAAAUGUCCAGUGCAAAUGAUUUAUCCCAAGUUAAAGAUUCGUUUUACUAUUUUCUGCUCAUGCUCCAAGAUGUCCAGCCAGACCAGGAUGGAGAAGGUGUUUCUGUUCAAAGGAGUGUUGG